UAUAUUUUUUCUAGCUAGCUGAAAGAACAUAAAUAUUAAUUUUAUUAUGAAGGUGUUGAUCUUUUUGGCCGCAAUUUUUGCUCUUCUGGGUACUUCUUUGGCCCUUAAAAAUGAAAUAUGCGGGUUACCCCAUUCCCGAAACGGUGACUUAAUCUCCUGUGAAGCCUACAUUCCCAGCUGGACCUAUAAUUCUUCCAGCAAUGAAUGCAUUAAAUUCAUUUACGGAGGUUGCCGAGGCAAUGACAAUCGUUUUGACACCAAACAAGCUUGUGAGGAAAAGUGUUUGGAAUAAAAAAUAUAACUAAACC